UCUUAGGCUGGUGCAGUGUUGUGAUUGGCUGUUGAACAUUUUGAGUUUGAAUUUGUCACCGGUGGCGGGUGUUGGGAAGUGUGGGUGGUGACUUACGGAUUAUUAUUGUGAUGGACGUUUACCAUAAAUUGGAAAAACUUGGCGAAGGCACAUAUGGUGUUGUAUACAAAGGGAAACAUAAGACAACUGGACAGUUAGUUGCAAUGAAGAAAGUGCGCCUUGAAAAUGAAGACGAAGGUGUUCCAUCAACAACCAUCAGAGAAAUAUCCCUUCUUCGAGAACUGGUACACCCAAAUAUUGUGAAGCUGGAGGAUGUAAUAAUGGAUGAAUCAAGAGUCUACUUAAUUUUUGAGUACAUGUCAAUGGAUCUGAAGAAAUAUCUGGAUAGUUUAGGUCAAGGCAAUUAUUUGAAGCCAGACAUGAUGAAAGCUUUCUUAUAUCAGAUGAUUUUGGCAAUAUUAUUCUGUCAUAAACGGCGUGUCUUGCAUAGAGACCUGAAGCCACAAAAUAUAUUGGUAGAUGGAAAUGGCAUUUUGAAAAUUGCAGACUUCGGUUUGGGCAGGGCAAUUGGUAUACCUCUGAGAGUAUUUACUCACGAAAUAGUAACAUUGUGGUACAGAGCUCCUGAGGUGUUGCUUGGGGCAAACAAGUAUUCUUGCCCAAUAGACAUGUGGUCUAUUGGUUGCAUAUUUGCUGAAAUGGCGUCAAAAAAACCUUUGUUUCAAGGCGACUCUGAAAUUGACCAACUGUUUAGAAUAUUCAGGGUGUUAAAAACGCCAACAGAGGAAAUAUGGCCAGGUGUUACGCAGUUACCAGACUAUAAACCAACUUUUCCGAACUGGGUACAAUAUAACCUGAAUAGCCAUGUGAAGAAUAUUGAUGACGAUGGAUUGGAUUUGCUUAAGAAGUUACUGGUCUACUGUCCGCCUGAUAGACUGUCUGCAAAGCAGGCCAUAAGGCAUACAUAUUUUGAUAAAAUGGAUAUGUCCAAAAUACCGACGACUACUGCGUGAGAAUUUAUAUUUAUUCGAGGAGUCCAGGA